CGCACGCACCCGCCGGCGGCGAGCCGAAGCCCUCCGCGCCACCGCACCCCCGCCCCGCACGCCCACCGCCAGGAGGAUGGGCUGCGGGCGGCGGCGCGGCAGCCCCUGAGCUCCCCAAAGCCACGGAAACAAAGGGAGCGAGCAGCGGCAGCACCGGGCCGGGGUGGAUGCAAGCAACCAUGAAAGGCUGGGUCUCCGCCUCCUCCGCUGCUGCCAGAGAGCUGCCGGCUGCCGCUGCUCGGAGGACUACCCUGUGAAGGCGGCGGAGGAGAGGCUGGCUGGGUUCGCCGUGCAAAGGUAGAAGGUGUAAGGGAGAGGAGGAAAGAAAAUGUCUUCUUCGGUGGGGCCCCGCGGCCCUCGCCCGCCCACGGUGCCCCCGCCGAUGCAGGAGCUGCCCGACCUAAGCCACCUGACAGAGGAGGAGAGGAACAUCAUCAUGGCAGUGAUGGACCGGCAGAAAGAGGAGGAAGAAAAAGAAGAGGCCAUGCUCAAGAGGUUGCAUCAACAAUUUGAAAGCUAUAAAGAGCAAGUAAGAAAGAUAGGGGAAGAAGCCCGCCGUUACCAGGGAGAGCACAAGGAUGAUGCUCCAACAUGUGGAAUCUGUCAUAAAACAAAGUUUGCAGAUGGUUGUGGCCAUUUAUGCUCUUAUUGCCGGACCAAGUUUUGUGCUCGAUGUGGAGGUCGUGUCUCUCUGCGAUCAAACAAUGAGGACAAAGUGGUUAUGUGGGUAUGCAAUUUAUGUCGAAAGCAACAAGAAAUCCUAACGAAAUCUGGAGCGUGGUUUUUUGGAAGUGGACCACAGCCUUCACCCAGCCAGGACGGAACGCUGAGUGAUACAGCGACUGGUGGAAGAUCGGAUGCACCAAGGGAAAAGAAAGCAAGACUUCAAGAGCGAUCGAGAUCACAGACUCCCUUAAGUACAGCAGCUGCCUCAUCACAGGAAAUCUCUUCUUCCACUGUACACUCUGACCGCAGGAAAGGAGCAGAAAUAUCCCAGCCAGCUAUGGGCCCGGACCAAAAGCAAGCUUCAUCAAGAUCUAGAAGUGAACCUCCAAAAGAGAGGAAGAAGGCGGUAUUGGUUUCAGACCAGAAUGGCAAAGGUUUAAAGAGUGAACGUAAGCGUGUGCCAAAAUCCUCACUUCAAAAAGAAGGACCAACAGACGACAGGGAGCGCAAAGAGCGGCAUGAAGGCAGAAGGCUGGAGAAAGGCAAGUCACAGGACUACCCAGACUUGCCAGAGAAACUUGAGGAGGGCAAAGUGCCUGAUGAUGAAAAACAAAGGAAGGAAGAUGAAUAUCAAACUCGUUACAGGAGUGACCCCAAUCUGGCAAGAUACCCUGUAAAACCGCAUCCUGAGGAACAGCAGAUGCGCAUGCAUGCAAAAGUUUCUAAAGCACGACACGAGAGAAGACACAGUGAUGUAGCUUUGCCACACACAGAAAUGGAGGAAGCGGAGGUACCUGAGAAUAAAUUAGGAAAACGCUCACAAUUACAGGGAACUCAGGACAGAAAAUCUCUUGUGGAAACUCAGAGGUCGUACUCUAUAGACAGAACAGGUGAUGUAAGAAUUUCUGUUUCUAAACAAUUAACUAAUCAUAGCCCACCAACUCCCAGGCAUAGUCCAGUUCCUAUAGAACAUGUAGAAUACAAGAACCACGAUUCCUUUAUAAAACAGAGCCGCCUUGAUCCUAGCUCUGCUAUUCUCAUGCGAAAAGCAAAGCGGGAGAAAAUGGAGACCAUGCUAAGGAAUGAUUCCCUUAGCUCUGACCAGUCGGAAUCAGUGCGGCCAUCCCCUCCAAAGCCUCAUAGAGCAAAAAGAGGCGGAAAGAAAAGGCAGAUGUCAGUUAGUAGCUCAGAGGAAGAAGGGGCAUCAACACCAGAAUAUACUAGCUGUGAAGAUGUGGAGAUAGAAAGUGAAAGUGUCAGUGAAAAAGGUGACUUGGAUUAUUACUGGCUGGAUCCUGCCACGUGGCACAGCAGGGAGACAUCCCCUAUUAGUUCGCAUCCCGUAACGUGGCAGCCUUCCAAAGAGGGAGAUCGCUUAAUUGGGCGUGUUAUUCUUAACAAGAGAACAACUAUGCCAAAAGAAUCAGGUGCAUUACUGGGGCUAAAAGUUGUUGGAGGAAAAAUGACAGAAUUAGGUCGACUCGGUGCCUUCAUUACCAAAGUGAAGAAAGGUAGCUUGGCUGAUGUGGUGGGGCAUCUCAGAGCAGGGGAUGAAGUUCUAGAAUGGAAUGGUAAACCGUUGCCUGGAGCUACAAAUGAAGAAGUUUACAACAUUAUUUUAGAAUCAAAAUCAGAACCUCAAGUUGAAAUUAUUGUUUCAAGGCCUAUUGGUGAUAUUCCACGGAUUCCUGAGACUUCUUACCCCCCAUUAGAGUCUAGUUCGAGUUCUUUUGAAUCUCAGAAGAUGGAAAGGCCUUCUAUUUCAGUUAUAUCUCCAACCAGCCCUGGAGCCCUACGGGAUGCACCACAAGUCCUACCAGGCCAGCUGUCUGUUAAACUCUGGUAUGACAAAGUGGGACAUCAGCUAAUAGUAAAUGUUCUGCAAGCAACAGAUUUGCCACCAAGAGUAGAUGGACGCCCCAGAAAUCCCUAUGUAAAAAUGUAUUUUCUUCCAGACAGAAGUGAUAAGAGUAAAAGAAGGACCAAAACAGUAAAGAAAAGUCUAGAGCCAAAGUGGAACCAAACUUUUCUCUACUCACACGUACAUCGUAGAGAUUUUAGAGAACGAAUGCUUGAAAUAACCGUAUGGGAUCAGCCAAGAGUACAAGAAGAAGAGAGUGAAUUUCUUGGAGAGAUUCUUAUAGAGCUGGAGACAGCACUUUUAGAUGAUGAACCACAUUGGUAUAAGCUACAGACACAUGAUGAAUCUUCACUACCUCUGCCUCAGCCAUCACCUUUCAUGCCAAGAAGACAUGUUCAUGGUGGAGAAAGCACUAGCAAAAAAUUACAAAGAUCUCGGCCAAUCAGUGAUAGUGACAUCUCAGAUUAUGAUGUUGAUGAUGGUAUUGGAGUUGUUCCUCCAGGUUAUAGAUCUAGUACUAGAGAAAGUAAAUCCACAACGCUAACUGUGCCAGAGCAGCAAAGAACAACACAUCAUCGUUCACGUUCUGUGUCUCCUCACCGUGGCGACGAUCAGGGCAGGCCCCGUUCACGUUUACCAAAUGUGCCAUUACAGAGGAGUUUAGAUGAAAUUCAUCAAAUGAGAAGAUCACGUUCUCCAACUAGACACCAUGAUGCCUCCAGAACUCCAGUUGAUUAUAGGUCCAGAGAGUUGGAUAGUCAGUAUUUGUCGGAUCAAGAAAGUGAGCUUCUUAUGCUGCCCAGAGCAAAACGAGGAAGAAGUGCUGAGUGCCUACAUACCAUCAGAAGUUCUGUUAGGCACUAUAAAACAUUACCACCCAAGAUGCCUUUACUAGAAAAUGGUACUCAUUGGAACUUGUACAGUGAACUGCAGCCCUCCCUUGACAGGGCUAGGAGUGCUAGUACCAACUGCUUGAGACCAGAUACUAGUUUGCAUUCACCAGAACGAGAAAGGAGUAGAUUGUCCCCCUCCCUAGAGAGGAGACGACCUACUAGUCCCAGGAUUCAUAUCCAGCAUGCAUCUCCGGAGGAUGACAGAACAAGGACGCUGGAGUCUUGCAUUCCAAAACAGGACAGUGUAGACCACCUAAGUGCUAAACCUGGAGCAGCACAGAGGCAGUCCAGAAAAGUGGAAAGAUAUAGCAGCCAAAAACAAACUAGGAAAAGCCCCGCAACUGAAACAGAAAGGGGUCUGCUACCAUCUCUUUCUCGGAGGGGACUUCCAACCCCACGAACGACUGAACAUCCAGUCAUUAGGGGAAAACAUCACACUCGCUCAAGGUCGAGUGAGCAGUCUAGUAUCAAACCCUUAUGCUCUGUACAUCACCUAGCAUCUGGAGGGUCGGCGCCACCUUCUCCACUUCUGACAAGAACACAUCAACAAGGAAGUCCCACACAGUCUCCUCCUGCAGACACAUCCUUCAGCAGUCGUAGGGGAAGACAGCUACCGCAAGUUCCAGUAAGAAGUGGCAGUAUAGAGCAAGAGCAAGAGACUUUUAACUCUCCCACAAAAGCAAGCUUAGUAGUGGAGGAGCGAACGAGACAGAUGAAAAUGAAAGUGCACCGUUAUAAUCAGACAUCAGGGUCUGGUUCUAGCCAAGAACAUGAGCGUGAGCAAUAUACCAAGUAUAAUAUACAAACAGAUCAGUACAGAAGUUGUGAUAACGUCUCUGCCAAAUCAUCAGAUAGUGAUGUCAGUGAUGUGUCAGCCAUUUCCAGAACCAGCAGUGCCUCACGCCUCAGCAGCACAAGUUUUAUGUCAGAGCAAUCUGAGCGCCCUCGGGGCAGGAUCAGUACAUUUACUCCUAAAAUGCAAGGCAGACGGAUGGGGACUUCAGGGAGAAUCACUAAGAGCACAAGUGUGAGCGGAGAGAUGUAUAAGCUGGAGCACAUUGACGGGAGUCAGUCGGACACGGCUGUCGGCAUGGUUGGAACAGGUGGGAAGAAAAGGCGUUCCAGCUUUAGUGCCAAAGUGGUUGCCAUAGUGUCUCGAAGGAGCAGAAGCACAUCUCAGCUUAGUCAAACAGAGGGUGGCAGCAAGAAGCUAAAGAGCACAAUACAGAGAAGCACAGAAACAGGAAUGGCAGCAGAGAUGAGAAGUCGUAUGGUUCGACAGCCAAGUAGGGAAUCCACUGACGGCAGCAUAAAUAGUUAUAGUUCUGAGGGCAACUUAAUAUUUCCUGGAGUACGGCUGGGCGCUGACAGUCAGUUUAGUGAUUUCCUUGAUGGACUUGGACCUGCACAGUUAGUAGGCCGACAAACACUGGCAACCCCUGCCAUGGGUGACAUCCAGAUUGGAAUGGUAGAUAAAAAAGGCCAGUUAGAAGUAGAAGUCAUUAGAGCCCGUGGCCUCACACAAAAACCUGGCUCCAAAUCUACCCCAGCUCCAUAUGUCAAAGUGUAUUUACUGGAAAACGGAGCAUGCAUAGCUAAGAAGAAGACAAGAAUUGCAAGGAAGACCCUUGAUCCUUUGUACCAACAGACACUGGUUUUUGAAGAAAGUCCACAGGGUAAAGUCCUUCAGGUAAUAGUCUGGGGAGACUAUGGCCGAAUGGACCACAAAUGCUUCAUGGGAGUUGCCCAGAUCCUUCUGGAGGAGCUAGACCUGUCCAGUGUGGUAAUAGGCUGGUAUAAAUUAUUUCCACCUUCAUCGCUAGUGGAUCCAACAUUGACUCCCCUGACACGCAGGGCUUCCCAGUCAUCUCUGGAAAGUUCAACUGGGCCUCCCUGCAUUAGAUCGUAGUAGCAGGUGCUGUCUAAUAAAAACAUCACCCAGGAUAACAAUUGGAACCAGAUAUUCACAUAAUCAAAAAACACUGUUGGAGAGAGACAAUCACUUCUGUUUUUACUUGUAGUAGUUAUCCAAACAUAUGUCUGUUUGUUAAGAGAUAGCUUAAAUUGACAGAACAAAGGUAUAUCACAUACAGCUAAUCUCUUAGCGGCUCUCACUGAUGCUUAUAAUGAUCAAAGAAAAAAAAAAAAAGAAAAAAAGAAAAGAAAAAAGAAGGGGACUUUUAGAUUUGAUCUAAGUCAAAGAUGACCCAAACUGGAAGCUCUCACUCUGUUAACAAUGUUGCAUUUUUCACAUUUUGACAGAGCCCUCAAGCAGUGUUACCUUCCUGGUGUUUCAACAGUUUUUCUGUACUUCACUUCCACUAGUUUUUUGCCACAUGAUUCUGCUAGUUUCGUAGAAGUCCUCACAAUGCUAACAGAGACCCUUCCUUUCUUUUUCUAAACCAAACCAAAAAGGGCUGAAGCAUAUCUCUGUAAGCAUCGUUAAAGUGUUCAACAGCCACAGUUACAAUUUCAGCAAGUUCAAAUCGUUUCUCGGUUCUGGUACUUACAAGUCUCUCACACGGGAACCCAGAACAAAUGACCAAUCUGAGUUAUCUUCCUAAAAAUAAAUAAUCAUCACAGUGCCACUUUUUUCUUUGUAAAAAGCAGAUAUGUUUGCAUUAUAUAUAUAUAAUAACUUUUAUGUUUAUGAUGUUUUGCAUGGAAGAAUUUUGAAGAAUUCUGCAACUACUGCUGGGGACUGGUAUAAAGCAGCUUUAGUCUUAAUUUUGACAUUGAAUAUGUUACUGGUAAUGCAAUUUUCCUCCUAGAAAUGGAGAGGAAAUACUUACGUUUCUGUGUAUAAAUGUAUAUUUGACUUCCCAAAAUGUUGACCAGGAAUGAAUUGAGCAUAUGACACUUUCAGCUGUACCCAGGCUUCUCUGAUGUGUGUCGCUUCAGACGCACCUGUCUGCCCUGGAUAGAGCAUGGUAUGAGUUGUUCAAUGUUUCUCUGGAAAUUCCAGUUGAAAUAUUCUGCACUUACUAAUGUUUUUAUCAAAUUUUAGUUUACAUUUCUUUGAGAUUGAUGCAAGCACAAGGCUUGAUUUUUUAACGCAAGAUAUCUUACUUUUUGGAGAAAAAAAAAAAAAGUCAAAUUUCAAUUUGCUUUUUAUUCAUUUGAGUUCUUCUUGGCCUUGAAAUCCCUUGUGAUAUUCUGUAAAUGUGCGAAGAACUGCAGAUUCCUGCAGGUGCAUUGAUAUGUUUCCCCUCCUUUUACAGGCCAUUCAAUUUUGUGAUCACAAAAAUAGAGCAGCAUGACUUGGAACUGUUCAAAGCUGCAUGCACGUUUUGUAAAAAGAGAUGACAAAGGUUAUUUAAUAAUGUAUGUUAGUUCCACAUAGGCCAGCUUGUAUGUUGCAUGUACUUGUACAGUUUGCUCGUAAUUACUAUACUGAAGUAACCAAGAAAUCUAAGCCAUCCAUUUUUCUUAUAGACAUUUUGCAGGUUUUAGCCAGGCUAGGUCUGUGGGUCUGGUGCUAAAUGUCUAUAGAUGGACUUUAUUUUUUACCCUAUGGAAAACGUGAUGUAGUACGGACCAAAUUCCUUCUAAUAACUAUUUUGGUGUAGAUUCCUACUGUGGGGCUGUAACACAUGUAGAAACUGUGUACACACUAGGUUUUAAUUCAUAGACAUACUGCCUGCACCAAGUGAACUAUUUAUUAUUACUCAACACAUGGGAAUUAUUCUGCCCAUCUUUCCAUAGGGCAUAAAUUGGUUACUGCUCGACCUGCUGAGCAGGAAGAACUCAAGCAUUGGUGCACUACUACUAGAUCCUGUUCUGUCUUAGUGGCCAAACACCAACUAGUUAUAAUUCAAUAGUAUCUUUCUAUUUUGACCACUUGUCUUAACACUCCCCUGUGCUUUUAAAUGAACUUCCAACUCAUGUUAUGUAAACAUGUUUAAUAAAAUUUCCUUUUCAUGUC